UUUAAAUCUCCUGGACCUCCACCAUCAGAGAGAGUGGACCAGGACCAGCAGAGCUCAGAGGUUCCCAGGGGUCCGUCUGCCCAGCAGCUGGACUCCAUGUUUAAGCUGCUGGAGGACAACAUUGUCACUUUUGUGAAGAAAGAGCUGAAGAAGAUCCAGAACGUUCUGAGUCCAGAUGACCCAGAAUGUUCAGAGAGUCUAAGAGAUGAUGAGGAGGAGUUGGAAGGUGAUGAUGAAGACCAGAGGAGCAGCAGAAAGGCAGUGAUGAAGAUCAUACAGAACUUCCUGAGGAGGAUGAGGCAGGAGGAGCUGGUUGACCGUCUGCUGAGCAAACAUAUUGCUGCAGUUUGUGAACAUGAACUUAAAUCUGGUCUGAAGAAGAAGUUCCAGUGUGUGUUUGAAGGGAUUGAUAAAGCAGGAAGUCCAACCCUUCUGAACCAGAUCUACACAGAGCUCUACAUCACAGAGGGAGGGACUGCAGAAGUCAAUGAUGAACAUGAGGUCAGACAGAUUGAAACAGCAUCCAGGAAACCACACAGACCAGAAACAACAAUCCGACAAGAAGACAUCUUUAAAGUCCCACCUGGAAGAGACCAACCAAUCAGAACAGUGAUGACAAAGGGAGUGGCUGGCAUUGGGAAAACAGUCUUAACACAGAAGUUCACUCUGGACUGGGCUGAAGACAAAGCCCACCAGAACAUCCAGUUCAUAUUUCCAUUCACUUUCAGAGAGCUGAAUGUGCUGAAAGAGAAAAAGUUCAGCUUGGUGGAACUGAUUCAUCGAUUCUUUACCGAAACCAAAGAAAUCUGCAGCUUUGAGCACUUUCAGGUUCUGUUCAUCUUUGAUGGCCUGGAUGAGAGUCGACUUCCUCUGGACUUCCACAACAAGGAGAUCCUGACUGAUGCUACAGAGUCCAGCUCAGUGGAUGUUCUGCUGACAAACCUCAUCAGGGGCAAACUGCUUCCCUCUGCUCUCCUCUGGAUAACCACACGACCUGCAGCAGCCAAUCAGAUCCCUCCUCAGUGUGUUGGCAUGGUAACAGAGGUCAGAGGGUUCAAUGAACCACAGAAGGAGGAGUACUUCAGGAAGAGAUUCAAAGAUGAGCAGCAGGCCAGCAGGAUCAUCUCCCACAUGAAGACAUCACGAAGCCUCCACAUCAUGUGCCACAUCCCAGUCUUCUGCUGGAUCACUGCUACAGUUCUGAAGGAUGUGAUGGAGACCAGAGAGGGAGGAAAGCUGCCUAGCACCCUGACUGAGAUGUACAUCCACUUCCUGGUGGUUCAGACCAAAGUGAAGAAGGACAAGUAUGAUGAAGGAGCUGAAACAGAUCAACACUGGAGUCCAGAGAGCAGGAAGAUGAUUGAGUCUCUGGGAAAAUUGGCUUUUGAUCAGCUGCAGAAAGGAAACCUGAUCUUCUAUGAAUCAGACCUGACAGAUUGUGGCAUCGAUAUCAGAGCAGCCUCAGUGUACUCAGGAGUGUUCACACAGAUCUUUAGAGAGGAGAGAGGGCUGUACCAGGACAAGGUGUUCUGCUUCAUCCAUCUGAGUGUUCAGGAGUUUCUGGCUGCUCUUCAUGUUCAUCUGACCUUAACCAACUCUGGUGUCAACCUGAUGGAAGGAAAACAAUCAGCUAUCCCUACAUUCUUUCACAAAUCAAAAAUAAUAUCUCUACACCAGAAUGCUGUUGACCGGGCCUUACAGAGUUCAAAUGGACACCUGGACCUGCUGCUCCGUUUUCUACUGGGACUUUCACUGCAGACCAAUCAGAGACUCCUACAAGGUCUGUUUACACAGACAGGAAGUAGCUCACAGACCAAUCAGAAAGCAGUUCAGUACAUCAAGGAGAAGAUCAAUGAGAAUGUGUCUGCAGAGAAAAGCAUCAAUCUGUUCCACUGUCUGAAUGAACUGAAUGAUCGUUCUCUAGUGGACGAAAUCAAACAGUCUCUGAGUUCAGGACGUCUCUCCAGAGAUAAAUUGUCUCUUGCUCAGUUGUCAGCUCUGCUCUUCAUCUUAGUGUCAUCAGGAGAAGAUCUGGAUGAGUUUGAUCUGAAGAAAUACUCAGCUUCAGAGGAGGCUCUUCUGGGGCUGCUGCCAGUGGUUAAAGCCUCCAACAAAGCUCUGUAA